AUGGAAGCGUCCGUUCCUCGAAGGUAUCCCGUUCCAUUUCUUAAGAACUAUGAAAUUCUGUAUCUUUCCAGAUCUAAGAACGAAAGCAACAUUAAAACAGGAAGACAGAUGAUGAAAUUCAGAAGAGAGCGUAGUUUAAAUAAGAAGAAAGUAAAUUUAGAAUUUUUUGCCUUCCGUCGCCAUUUUCGUAUUGUCGUAGAACCAUCAAUGGAGGAUGUGGUGGCUGUGGACACAUUAGUACAAUUUUACGAUGCAAACAGCAGUGAAAUAUCAAAACUAAAUGAUCUUGGAGUUGAAGUGUACAAGGGUGUACUAAUAGAUGUUCCUCAAUCAUUUGUAAUUGGAUAUUUUAACAAUGGAAUCUUUCAGAGUGUCAUUCAAUGGCAAGAAAUAUUAUAUAAUAUUGAACCCGCAUCAAAUUAUAUUAACGAUCAAGUAAAUUUUGAUGCUGUUAUCUAUAGAGAUUCGGAUAUAAUUGCUGAUGAAAGUAAUUACUUAAAAUGUAAUAAUUUGGAAAGAAUUAAGAGGCAUGUAAUCAACAGUAAAUCUUCAUUUCGUAAUUGGAGAAACAGAAACGACAGGAAUAAUUUUAGUUUUACUAAAAAAGUUUGUACGAUAGAAAUGGUUAUUGAUCCUACAUUAUAUAAUGUUGAUGGAAAUUCCAUCAAUUAUUUGUUACACGAAAUGAGCGCUUAUGUACAGUUUGCAGAUAAGAUUUUUCGUAAUGCAGACUUUAACAGAAAUUCUUUACCGGAUAAUAUUGGCCUUCAGUUGAAAAAGAUUACAGUUUUUAAGGACUGGAAAAACGAAAAUUACCCUUUCAAAGCUACAGUUAUGCAAAAAUAUGCGAGAGCUUCAACUUUGUUACAAGAAACUGGAAAUUAUCAGAAUGAGUUUUGUUUAGUACACUUUUUUGUUCAUUGUUUCUUCAAACAUUUCAGAGGAGGGAUAGCACGAAUAGGAUCGAUAAGUGGAAAUGGCAUUUGUAUGAAUUCCAAAGUAGAUAAUAUCUCUAGAAAUACUGGAAUUACUUCGACUAAAANCGAAUCAUAA